UCAGCUUUCGACUUCAGUUCCCGUCCAUCGUUCGAAGAGUUUCGACGUACCGAAGAGAGUGGCUGUCGCACUGCUCCCGGAGGGUGCAUUCUCGGCGUCGUUCCACCGUGGCCAAUCGCUGGAAUUCCUUCUCCUCCACCUCCGUCGGUCGCAACAGAGAACAGAGUGUGUGUGGACAUUAAAAUAUUAUAGCUCCUGUUUUUCGGUGUGGAUUUUUACAACUUGAAAGUUAGUGUACAUUUUUUCCUGAUAUAAAUUGCCAGUUCUUCAUUGUGUUCCGGGUUUGGGGAGCUGGACCAAGAACGGUUCCAGUUUGAAGUGGUUUGGUUUUUGGGCAGUGAAGAGAGAGUGCUUUGGAAAGAAGAAAAAUCUUGGUCAUUCUGCCUGCGAACGUGGUUGACACAUUCAACAGAGUAUUCCAGGGCACACUGCGUUUUUUGUCCCCUCUGGAGAGAGAUUUCGGGGGUGAAAGAGGGCAAAAGUUGAGUGAUGACCACUUUGGUAGUGGUAAUAAAAAGGUAAACAACGCGGUUCGUGGGGCGAACGUCCUCGGGCCUGGGUCGAUGCUGGCACAAUAAUGUUCUUCCGCGGGGGCCUCAGCAUCCGGCGCAAUCUCUACUCCAAGCUCAUCCUGGUGGCAAUUUUGGCCCUGUUUGUGCUAUUUUACUUUAAAAAUCUCAACGGCAAUGGCCAAUCGCCGAACAGCAUCCCGAUCGCAAACGGGCUGGUCGGUGCGCUCAACCGGGGGAACAUCCUGGUUGCAGUGGCUGGAACCGGUGGCCAGGAUGCACUCCUCGAGCAGCUGGUGUUGGCCGACCUGGCCAAACAGGAACGUGGUCUCGGUGACAAUGGCAAGGGCGUCGAGUUGACCGGCGAAGCGCGCGAGAUCGGCGAGAAGCAACUGGCCACGAUCGCCCUCAACGAAGAGUUGAGCGAACACCUGAGCUACAACCGGACCCCACCGGACGAACGGCAUCCGUCCUGCAAGCGGAAAUCGUACGACAUCGAGAAUCUGCCCUCGACCAGUGUCAUCAUCAUCUUCUACAACGAACCGUACUCGGUUCUGGUGCGGACAGUGCACAGUGUGUUGAAUACGGCCGAUGAGCGCCUCCUGAAGGAGAUUGUCCUCGUGGACGACGGCAGCACCAACGAGGAGCUGAAGGGGAAGCUGGAUUAUUACGUGCGGACGCGGCUGCCGUCGAAGGUGAAGGUCUUACGGCAGCGGAACAGGGUUGGACUGAUUCGGGCUCGGCUGGCCGGGGCACGAUUCGCCAAGGCCGAUGUUCUAGUCUUUCUGGACGCACACUGCGAGUGUAUGCCCCAAUGGUUGGAGCCGCUGCUCGAGCGCAUCCGGGAGUCCCGGACGAGCGUGCUGGUGCCGAUCAUCGACGUGAUCGAGGCGAAGAACUUUUUCUACAGCACGAACGGGUUCACCGACUUUCAGAUCGGUGGCUUCACCUGGGACGGCCACUUUGACUGGCACGAUGUGACGCAGCGCGAGAAGGAGCGCCAGAAGCGCGAAUGCUCCGAGAAGGACGUGGCCAUCUGCCCCACGUACAGCCCCACGAUGGCCGGCGGGCUGUUUGCCAUCUCGCGGGACUACUUCUGGGAGAUUGGCAGCUACGACGAGCAGAUGGACGGGUGGGGCGGUGAAAACUUGGAAAUGUCGUUCCGGGUGUGGCAGUGCGGCGGCACGCUGGAGACGAUUCCGUGCUCGCGCAUUGGCCACAUCUUCCGGGACUUUCAUCCGUACUCAUUUCCAAAUGAUCGUGACACCCACGGCAUCAACACCGUCCGGAUGGCGACCGUCUGGAUGGACGAUUACAUCGAUUUGCUGUAUCUCAACAGACCAGACCUGAGGGACCACCCCGAGGUCGGGGACGUAACCCACCGGCGGGUGCUUCGCGAGAAGCUCCGCUGCAAGAGCUUCGACUGGUACAUGAAGAAUGUGUACCCGGAGAAGUUCAUCCCGACGCGAAACGUGCGCGCCUUCGGCCGGGUGACCUCGCUCGCCGAGAACCUCUGCCUGGACACGCUCCAGCAGAACGCGGACAAGCCGUGGAAUCUGGGCAUCUACACGUGCUUCCGGACGGAGGUGAGCGCUUCGCAGCUGAUGUCCCUGACGAAGCGGGGCGUGCUGCGGACGGAACGAAGCUGCGCUACGGUGCAGGACAAUAAGGCGGACACGCGGUACGUGGUGAUGAUUCCGUGCAUGGACGACGACGACAUUGACGACACGUGGCGCUUCACCGAGCACCAGCAGCUGCAGCACGGGCCGUCCGGACUGUGUCUGGACAGCAGUGACCUGUCCACGAAGAGUUACGUCCACGUGACGCCCUGCCUGCCGCGGGUUCGCACGCAAAAGUGGGAAUUCCAGCACUAGGAGGACAAAAGGUAAGAAGGGGAGAGAUAGGUCUGUGUACAUUUUUACCGCUAUUUAUUGAUCGGGACAAGAAUUACCUCGUUUACACCACCGGCUGUAAACCACUGAAGACUACUCUACUACAAGUAUGUAUAGAAGACACGCGAGAAGAAAUCGGAAUGAUUUAUGGAGAGAUGUUUUUGUUUUUACUAUUGAGAGACGAGAUAGCGCGAAAAGACACAACCCCGCGCAAUGUGUGUCUGUGUGUACAGUUGACGCAAUAGGGGCAGGGGGGGCAGAAUGGACCAUGGGGGCAGAACGGGCCACCCUUGGAUUUGGGCUUUAGAAUGGAUUUAGACCAACUGUAAGGCAAGGGUCUUAUAAAGGACGUCAAAUAGCAUCACCAUACCGAAAACGACGUUUGAAUUCAUUGUAUUUUUCGAAUUAUGAGCAAAAAUGUAAAUUUAUUGACAAAACCACGCAAAUGUUGUUUAUUUCGAGGUUCUUAAAUAAGCUUUCUGAAAAGUUGGAUUGUUUGAAAAAGUUUGCUCAAUGCUUAUAACGUUACUAGAUGCUACUACCAAGGUAUACAAACAACAACGGAACCUUAAAAUCAUUUAGAGGCUUGGUGGUGGAAGUGUUAAAUUAAAAUCCACUUGGGGGCAGAAUGGACCACCCUUUUCCUGCCUUAUAAAAACAAUCAAAAGUUACAAAAUUUGAGCUAAAUGGAUUAUUUCACUCCUGGUAGCUUCACAAAUCACGUUUAAUGCAACAAAAGUUGAUUUUUUAGUUGUUUCGACGCUUAGUUGUAAAAAUAGUGUCUUUUUUCGACAUAAAUAGUGCAAUUUUCAAAAAUCUUUGUUUUUUUAAGUUACUAUUUUUAUAAAAGUGAUCAAAUUUCAUGGAAACUAUAAUGGAAAGGUCCCUCAAGUAAUUUCUUAUCACCCUUCAACGUUGUAUUAGAAGAAAUGGCUUGUUUUCUAAGGUGGCCCAUUCUGCCCCGCAGGGUGGUCCGUUCUGCCCCGCACCCCGGAAAGUUAGUCGAAAAAACUUUUUUUUUUAUGUGGCUCAAAAAUAGUUUUAAGUCGAAAAAUUUUCAUCAACCAAGUAUACAACAUUGAAGGGAACAUUCCAAAGCAUAAGCCUACUACACUGGAUUCAUAAUUUUUUAUGUUUUUCUAUGGUUUUUGGUGCAUUUCCCUUAGGCGGUCCAUUCUGCCCCCCCUGCCCCUACUAACUAUAUAAUAAACUAAAAAACGUUUAGUUAGGGCAUUAGCUAAGGGAAAAGUGAUCGUGCGCGAGAAUUGUCACACCUUACACACAAAAAAUCAAAAAAGGUCGUCCAAUAAUAACUGAUAAAUGCUACACAAAAAAGAAGGCUGGUUCAAAAUGUUACGAGCCACUAAACAAGCUAAAAGGAAUGACAAACAGUAGAUGAAUUGAACCGAAUCCAGCGAGUGAACGAGAUAAUAAGAACACUAAUGUGAUAAUAGCAGAAAAAUAAAUAAAAACAAGCGAGAACGUAACAAACAAAUAAACAAAACAAGUGCGCGUGCGACGAGUGCAUGUGCAACUGGUAGUGGUGGUGAUUGAAAAUGUGUGUGUGCGCGCGCACGGCAAUGUAACUACUCUACUCCGUAAAGGAUUUAUGCCAUGAUGUGGUGCGUAAAGCCACGGUGUCUCUUUUAAAGGAAGUAGGUAACUCUAAAUUACCAAUUUGAACUAAACUAAAAGUGAAAUUUGAAGGUGUCCUACUCCUUCCCCACUUUCACAUUCCCCAAUUCCACUUCCCCCUAAAAAUAUAACUAUUUGCAAAUUUACACUAACACACCACACCUAACUAAUUCAGAGCGUUUGGCACGGUAUGUCCACGCAUCCUUCCUCCUUUGUUGAUUCUGUUUAAUGUGGUCCGUUCACAGAAUCUGUUUCUGCGGGUAAUGUAACGCCUUUCUUAAUUUUUUGUACAUUUUGUGUGUCUUUCCUAAAGAAUGCAAAAAUCAUUCAAAUCGUUUUUUAUAUCACUUUGAGUGUAAAAAUCGUGCGCUUACCAUCGAUUUUUACUUGUGAACCUUUAAAGCAAACAAAAUCUCAUAAACAUAACGUUUGCUUUUGUUUCAGUUUAUUUUUUAUGGAAGCUCUAAAAAUUUCCUUGAAAAUUGUUUUUGUUUUGAUCGCUUUUUUGAUACAACGCAACGGCUUUUAAAUACAGCAUUUUUUUAAAUUUAUCAAACUUUUUCACUCACCCCUUCUCAAAUGUUGUCCUCGAGUGCAACUGACUCCAUAUACACUCAAAUACAAAGUUCAUUCAUAAUGGAGAAGAAACAAUGUCCGUUGAGCACAAUGACACUUGCUAAAUUAUCAAAAAAAUCAAAAUAGAUUUUUAAAUAAAUUUUAAAAAAAUGUUCCAAGGGGAUCAUAGUUGAUCUAUCGCAAAAUGUCGACUUGAUAAUUUUUCUUUUGGAUGAAAAUAAAAAAAAACCUGAUCAAAAAUAGUUAUCUGGCAUGCAUUUUAUAUUUUGUUUUGUCUAUGGUUUUUUGUUAAAAUAAACAUAGGGCUUCAGGACCCUUUUUAAAAAUAUACUAAAAAAACAAAACUAUGUUUAUCUGCCAUAAGUUUCUAUACAUUUGGAUUUAUUUAACGAAUUCGUUAGUUGAAAAAUCGGUAAAGUUUGGAUCUUUAAACCAUCUGUCAAAAUGAACAACAUUUUACCGUACAUCGGUUGAACGAUGAACUAUAAUGAACUUCAUGACCGAAUUUUGGUAAGUUUUUUUUACCGAAUUCGGUAAUUUUCAGUUUACCGAACAGUUCAGCAGUUUAAAAUUUAGUGAACUUUACCGAAUUCGGUUGAAAAUAUCUAAGCGUGUAGCUUUUCCAUACAUAUUUUGUACAGUUUCGCUGAGAAACCUCUGAAGUGACGAAAUUACCGAAAAUAAGAGUACUGAAAAGUUCAUUAAAGUUCAGUAACAAAAAAAAAUAACUAAUAUGACCUUUUGAGUUGAAACUUAGAUUUCUUUACCGGAUUCGGUAGUUGAAAAAUCGGUAAAGUUUAGAUCGGUAAACCAUCUGUCAAAAUGAACUAUGUUCGCAAUUCGCAAUUUUCAGUGUAAGAACGGUGAACUAAGUUUUACCGAAAAUCGGUUGAACAAUGAACAAUUCGGUAAGAUUUUUCCGAAAUCGGUAGUUUUUGGUUUACCGAACUGUUAAAAAAAAUCUAUUGCAAAAUUGUUAAUUUAGAGAAAACAAAUUUAGUUAAUUUAGAGAAAACAUCAACAUUUUAAAAAAAUCCUUUUAAAUUCAAAAAAAUUCCCCAUCAAGAGACACCGUGACCCUUAGCGCAUCAACAAUCGUCAUGCAACGCAAGCAGCUCAUAUCUUAACGCAAUCGUGUAAACGUGGUUUGAUUCGUGUCGUUGCAUGCGCGGCGGCGCCACUUUGCUCAUGACUUUUGACUUUGUUGACAACUUUAUUUUCACGCCCAUUACAUGCAAAGCGGAACAAAGUGGUUUGUCGCAACAACAAAAACGCAACCAUUUACAAUAUCGAAGCAAUUUGUGACAAAUUAGCAGCUGCAUUGUUUUAAACCUUUUGGUUAACAAAAAUCCGCUUGUAAAAAACAAAUCGAAUGUUUGACCCUUUUUGCACGUGGUUAUCUAGUACUUACGAAUGCGCGAAAUAAGAACCAAUCUAACGUUUAGAAAAUGUAUAAAAAGAAAGAAAGAAGUUGCCAAUACUUACACAAAACAACACAAAGAAUGUCUAUAAAGUUUAAAACUUCUACAUAAGGUCAGCUCUCACACGAUUGAAUCGACUAAAAUGUGUCCUCCGGUUUACACUUAUGUAGCUAUGUAAGCAUAAUUUACUGUUAUCGAAAAGUGCCACAAAUCUAGGACGUGAAACCAUUUAUUUAGUGUAUAAGUUAGAAAUUUCCCGUUCCUUCCUGGCUUCCCCACAACACAACACACUCCACUGAGACUCACAAUUUGUUUUGUUUUUAUUCACCUUCAAUCACUGUCAGCAAAAACAAAAACCACGAAAGACUUUUUACAAUACCUGAACUGCUCAAAACGGCUCCUCUUGUCUUGUUUUAGUUUAAACACUCUUAGUCAACGCUUAGUUUGUAGGAUAAAACUAAAGCAACCACAAAAAAAAUCGAAAGCAAACCUAGGAUAGAACAAUCUCUCAACGGUCAGUAAACUGUCGCGUGUAGCUUAUAUUCAAAAAGGCAACAGUAUAAUUUACUUCCCCCACUCCCUAAAUGCAAACCACAGCUUGAAAGCACGUGUGGAACGGUGGAAUUAAAACAAAAAAAAAAUAAGCAAAACUAAAAUAUCUCUACAGAAUCUAUCAGAAACGCUCUACAAACUAUGUGUAUUAUGUAUAUUUUUUCUAUCAAUAUUCCACGCAAGAUAUUACCUAUCUAACGAAGAAAGAAUUUAAAACAAAUCAAAAAUGUUCCAAACUUGUGCAAAACUGUAAACUGACAAAAAAAAACGAUAUUUUUGUUAAUAAACUUAUUUGUUUAUAUCUACUUGACAAA